UGCAUCUUCGAUUUCAUUUUUACAAGUGCAUUAAAACCUUGAAAUCUCUAAAGACGUGAUAUCAAAUAAUAAUAUUGUGGAAAAAGUGUAACAAAAAUAUUUAGUAAACGAUAAUUAUCGGGGAUCAAAUAUACGUGAUGUCAGGGUUAAGUCGCGAUAGCUAUUGCAAAAGGCCGAUGUGAAAAGUUAUCAUCGAUUUCUAUAAUUUCAGAACACGAUGGGACGUUAUUCUCACGAACCUGUAAAUGCAAGCAAAUCGUGCAAAGCACGUGGAUCAAAUCUACGAGUGCAUUUCAAAAAUACGCAUGAAACAGCACGUGCUAUUAAGAACAUGCCUCUGCGAAGGGCGCAGAAAUACCUCAAGAAUGUUAUAGAACAUAAGGAGUGUGUACCAUUCCGUAGAUUUAACGGUGGUGUUGGCAGGUGUGCUCAAGCAAAACAAUUCGGUACCACACAAGGUCGUUGGCCCAAAAAGUCAGCAGAAUUUUUACUCCAACUGUUAAAAAAUGCUGAGAGUAACGCCGAUGCCAGUGGACUGGAUCUCGACCGUCUUGUAAUUAAUCACAUUCAAGUGAAUCAUGCCCCUUGUUUACGUAGAAGAACAUACAGAGCUCAUGGUCGUAUUAACCCUUACAUGAGUUCACCGUGUCACAUCGAGGUAAUUUUGACUGAGAAAGAAGAUUUUGUAGUAAAGAGUCCGGAAGAAGAGCCAUCAAAAAAGAAGCUCAGUAAGAAAAAACUCGCCAGGCAAAAGGAGAAAAUGAUGAGAGAAUAAUUUUAAAUAUUAGCUGGAUAUUGAAUGUAUAAUGGAAAAAAUGAAAAUUACAUUGGUCU